AUGAAAAAAGUAAUACGCCAUGAGAUAAAAGAAUUAUUUGAUUACAUACCAGCUGUUUUCCGUAUCGUUGAGCAACGACGCGAGGUGGUUGCGUGCCCAAAAGGUUGUGGUACGAUUCAAACCGCAGCAGCGCCUUUACAUGUACUGCCUAAAGUUAAAGCGACUGAAUCGCUGCUAGCGCAUGUUGUUGUUUCUAAGUUUCAUAACAGGCAACCGUUAUACCAUUUAGAGAAAUAUGGUCACGCAGUCGAGAUGUCACGUAAAACCAUGGCAAGCUGGAUGAUUCGGUUGGUAACACCCUUGCAACCUGUUUUUAAUCUCAUGAAAGAUCACAUUAUUGAUUAUAAUAUCGCGAGUAUUGACGCCACAACACUACAGGUUUUAAAUGAGCCUGGGCGCCCAGCUAAACGCAAGUCGUAUCUUUAUUGCUUGCGAGGCGGGCCGCCAGAUAUGCCAGCUAUUUUAUACAGUUACAAUGCACUGAAACAAAAGCAAUUCGUCGAUGAAUGGCUGGAAGGAUUUAGUGGCUGCAUUCAUAUGGAUGCUGAUUUUUUCUUCAGCGCGCUGCUUGCUGAUUCUAACGUGUUACCCAGUUACUGUAAUGCGCAUGCAAGGCGCCGUUUUGAGCAGGUUAAGAAGCUGGCCAAGAAGAAUGGAUUAGCGCAUGAAGCAAUACGUUAUUAUAAGAAGCUUUACAGAGUUGAGCGAUAUGCAAAAAAUAACAACAUGACAGCUGAGCAACGUUAUCAAUAUAGACAAGAGCAUGCCAAGCCUAUCAUGGAUGAAUUUUAUAGCUGGCUUAAAAAACACCAAGCACUUGUUUUGCCUCAGUCAUCGUUAGGUAAAGCCUUUGCUUAUGCGAUUAAGUAUGAAGCGGGUUUGUGUCGCUACCUAGAGGAUGGUCGUUUAGAAAUUGACAAUAAUCAUACGGAGUGUGAGAUUAAGCCUGUCGUUAUUGCAC